AUGGAGAGAGCGGAUAGAACAAAUGUCAAGCCCCGAAUCGAAGAAGGCAGUAGCCACCUUCAAGAAUGCAACGGCACCCUCCGCUUGCUCGAUCCAGACGGGCAGAUGAUAGCAGCCAAGGCGAAAUCAAAGUCCGCACAGCGCGAAGCAUCGCCAGAGGAACACCAGCUAGCGGAUCUCCUGAAGGAACUCACGUCGACCGUCGCCACGACCAUUGACAAUGCACGGAAGCGGAUUGCCGAUAUGCCCCACGCAAAGAAAAGGCUCAACCCGCUCUGGGCUCUGCUGAGCGAACCUCUCUUCCAGAUCAUUACUGCGGUUAACCUCCUCCUGACUGGUGUUCUUGGCUUGGUGGGCAGACUGCUCAAUGGACUUGGACCUAGUGGCUGGUGA